GGAUUCCCAGUGGCAGCACCUACGAGUAAUCGACAUCGUUGUUGACAUCGGUCCAUUUGCCAUCGAAGUUUCAUUCAGCGUAAAAAUGCCGGAAGAAUCUAAGAAAAUUGACUUGUCCGGAGACGGAGGCGUGCUCAAGGAGAUUCUGCAUGAGGGAACCGGAACAGAGACACCACACAAUGGGUGCACUGUUUCCCUUCAUUACACGGGCCGUUUGGAGGACGGAACCGAAUUCGAUUCGAGUGUAAGCCGCAAUGAACCCUUCGAGUUUCCGCUCGGCAAAGGCAAUGUCAUUAAGGCGUUUGAUAUGGGCGUGGCCACCAUGAAAGUUGGUGAGCGCUGCUUCCUUACAUGUGCUCCAAAUUAUGCUUACGGAGCUGCUGGCAGCCCGCCCGCUAUUCCUCCAGAUGCAACCCUGAUUUUUGAAUUGGAAAUGUUGGGCUGGAAGGGGGAGGACCUGAGCCCCAACCAGGACGGCAGCAUUGUCCGUACCAUUUUGGAAACCAGCGAUAAGAAACGAUCGCCCAGCGAUGGUGCCUUUGUCAAGGCUCACAUUUCUGGUGCCAUUGAGGGCCGUGUCUUUGAGGAACGUGAUGUGGAGUUCGACUAUGGUGAGGGCAGUGCCAUCGGUGUUAUUGAGGGUGUGGAGAUAGCCCUUGAGAAGAUGAACAUAGGAGAGACUUCUCGAUUGACAAUUCGUGCAAAAUAUGCAUUUGGUGACAAGGGCAACGAGGAAUUCAAGAUUCCGCCCAACGCUGUAGUUGUGUACACUGUUAAACUAGUGGAUUGUGGCAAGGGGAUUGAGGAGUGGAAGUUGAGCGAUGCCGAGCGCCUGGAUGAAGCCAAGGCCUAUAAGGAGAAAGGUACAAACUACUUCAAGAAGGAGAACUGGGCUCUUGCCAUUAAGAUGUACAAUAAGUGCAAGAACUUGCUGCCAAACACAGCCGAUACCAACGAGGAGGUGAAGAAGGUUAAGGUGGCCACCCACAGCAACAUUGCACUGUGCCACCAGAAGUGCAAUGAUCACUUCGAAGCCAAGCAGGAGUGCAAUGCGGUACUAGCUUUGGAUGCUAAUAAUGUGAAAGCUCUAUAUCGCCGUGGCCAAUGUAACCUGACAAUCAAUGAAUUGGAUGAUGCCUUAGAGGACUUCCAGAAGGUUAUACAAUUGGAACCGGCUAAUAAGGCUGCUUCUAACCACGUGCUCAUCUGCAAGCAAAAAAUCAAGGAAAGCAAGAACAAGGAGAAGAAGCUUUACGCCAAUAUGUUUACAAAACUUGCUGCCAACGACAAAGAGACCGAACCGCCACGCGAAACGGAUGUCCUAAGCAAGUGCGGGGAGUGGUCCGAGGAGGAUGCUAAGCGCGAGGCUGAACUGACGCUGGAGCGCGACAACAUAAUCAUGAUCUAAACCAGAUUCACUAGUGCUUUAAAUAUUAUUCCCUACAGGUUAUAUUCCCACAUCGAAAUCCAUAAAAAUAAUGAACAAAAGGUAUAAAUGCUAAUGGUAUAUAUUAAAUAAAAAGCUUUGAGAGUUAUAAA